UGUCCAAGUCAAAAAGGUUUGAAAAUCUUCAGACGUGCGCUAACCUCUUUCUCACUCACAGCCUAUUCCACCGGCCUGCCACCGUGGGACACCAUGCCGUCGGUUGCCUCCAGCGAUGGUGGCAUGCUUGAACCAAAAUUGAGGUCAUCAUUCGAUACGCAACACUGCGCUGAUGAUGAAUUUGGGAAUGGAUUGGUGAGAUUCCCUCAGGAUAAGCUGAAUCGAAGGAUUCUAUUUGAAGAACCCUAAGUCAUUCUAAGCAAAUUAAAUGGAGGCUAUGAAGAAUUAACACCUACAACCUUAGGGCUUAGACUCCUCUCCCUAAACUCUACAAUCUGGUAACCAAAAAAUGCAAAAAAGCAAAGGUUAGAGAAUUACUCACCGGAGAAGGAGGUCGAAAAUACGUUAGGUGAGUUUCUAAUUCCUUUUCUUUGCUUUCUUUGACGCAAUUCGUUCUCUUCUCUUCCUUCUUUCUUCUUCUUCUGGAAAUUGGGAGUAACAAACAGUGAGGGAUGUGGUUUAGCUCAAGAAAUUUGAAGCUUCAAUGGCUUAUGGGAGAAAAGAUCUUUGAGUGAGUGGUGAGUGAGGGAUUUUUGCAGAGUGAGAGUAUGAGUUUGAAGGUGAUGACCAAAGUGUUGGAAUGAUGAUGACGAUCGUGCUUAAAUAGGGAUGAGGUUUGGAUUAGAGAUAGGUUUGGAAUGAGGCUCAGAGUUUGUUAGGUGAGGUUUGGAGUUGGUUAGAAUGAACUCACUGAGUUAACUCCAAACUCAGUUAGUUAGGGAGUUAGUUAAUGAAUUAGUUGGUUAGCUUAUUGAGUGUUAAGUCCCAUUAUGCUCCUAACUGGCUAUUGCAGGUUACAUUAUGAUUGUGAUUAGCCUUGCAACUUGGUUAAUGACUUGUAGAACAAGUUCCCACUUGGUUAGUGAAAUAGGCGAGUGUUAUGUUACAUGUUUAGGUCUCUACUGUCUUACAUAUGCUUGCUUUAAUUUCAACAUGAACUGCACUUGAUUGUAUGAUGUCUGGCUGAUGCAGGAAAGUGAGGUACCUCAUGCCAGAUAUUCCCUUGCACAUGACUGCAUUCUCCUUGGUCUGCUAUGCCCUAUAAACAGGCCUAACAUUGUUGAACAGUUGCUGCUGUCAGGGAACAAGUUGUAUCUCUGAUCCACCAGCUGGAACCUGAUGAGGAUGCUUUGUUGGAAAGUGUGAUCAUGUUGGUAACUCUCUUCCUGUGCUGGUAAUGUGGAGUGGCAACAUUCUGUCUUGGUUGGCUUUAGGUCUAGCAUGUGUUUUGUACUAGUAUCAUGGUGUGACCUUCUCCAUUUUGAGCUCAUGUGCAAUGGAAUGUUUUGAUGUCAGCUUAGGAUUUUGUUAGCUUAGAGUGCACAAUGUAGUUAAUCCUUUGAAAUGGUUACAAGUUGUGUGAAUGUUAAAGAAAGUAGAUGGAUCCAUCAUGAAAUGGAAAGCAUUUUGAUUUGUACAAUGGGAGUUUUGUAACCUCUUAUUGGAAAUGUUAAAUGUGGAACUUCAUGAAUCAGCUUAGGUUAUGUCAUGUUAUUGGUUAAUGAUGAUUGUUAUGCAUUGCUUGAUGACAGGUUUUGGUGGUUUUGGCAAUGGCUUGUUGACUUGAAGGUUACACAUGGCUGUAGAAUUGUUGCACCAAUGGCUUUUUGCAGGAUUGGUGGUGGAGUGAGGUUUUCACUUGGCUCAUGUUUGUGUUCUGCUGCAGGUUGGGUAAUUUGUGGUAGUUUGUGUUGCCUUGGUUUGAUGCAAGAGUGUUUGGACCUUUACCAUGUUAACUCCCUAUUAAGCUUUUGUACCAAGGAGGAUUCUGCAAUUGGUUCAUAUAAUUAUUGCCUUCAUGUUGACCCUAUUUUGAACCACAAUAUUCAUUGCAGAAUUGUUGUUCAGGAUAUUGUGAUUCUGCACAUGAGGCUAGGCCUUGGUUUCCAGCAGGGCCAAUUUGCAACAUGGUUGAGAUCUGCCUUCUGGCUUGGUGCAGCAGGGUGUCUAAGGUCUGCAUUUGGCCUUGGGUUGGUCCUGCAACGUUGCUGCAGGGUGAGGCUUGGAUGUGGUUCUACAGGAUGAUUGGCUUGGGCAUUGUGGUGGUUUGAUUCUGCAUCAGGUGAGGCGUUAUUUGGCAUAUGACCACAAUGACCAACAUGCAGACCAAGAUGUUGAUUCAAGGGUGCAUAAUUCAAAUGACCAGCUUUAUCACUUGCAGGUUUGGUUCUGGUUGUCGCAGCCUGCACUGAUGGUGAGUUUAAUUCCAACAUCCAUAUGCACAAUUUUGUCCAAUUGGUCAAUAUAUAUGUAGUUUUUAAAGGUGUGAUCAUGACACUUGGUUGUGGUGGAUGCAUGGCCAUAUUUAGCAAGGUAGAAAUUGGUUGUCAAGGCAAGAGAUCCAAGUCAUGGUAUGGUGGUCAUGAAUAUGAAAAUAAGCUAAGUUACUUGGAAAUGAAGAAACGAGGGAAAACACAACCAACAUGGCUAUUGGACGAUGAAUCAAGGCAAAGUAGGUUAGAUUAGAUCUUAGGUGGUCUAAAAAGGGUGAGUUGACUUUGGUCAAAGUUGACCAAAAAGUCAACACUUGGUCAAAGUUGUCAAAAUUUGUAUUUUUCCAUGUAAUGAUUAAUGUAGUAGAUUAUAAUGGAUUAUGAUGGAUUGAAGUGGAUUUGAAAUUAGUUUUGUUUUUACACAUGUAUGCUUGAUUUUGAAAUGUAAUGAACAUGACUUGACUAGA